AUGGCGUUGCCCAUGCGAGAGGACGUGGAUUCACUGAAGGUUUUCCGCAACCUGCUCGAGAAGGAACGCCUCCUUUCCACGCGGUGGAACAAGCAGGUGGACUACUCGGCGUGGAGAAUUCCAUCGCAUUCUCACCACGAGAGCUUCCUGAAACCUGGGGACGGUGUGCGCCUGACCGUGAGCCGGAGUCAUCCGGAGCUAAAUGGCGCCAGCGGCACCGUUCUCUGCGUCGACCGUCCAAGUGACGGUGGCUUUGUCACGGUCCGGAUGGCACCUGUCAGCGGCAGCAUGAAGAAGCUUAAGGUGCGUCCUUCGCUGCUUCUUCCAGGCAGAAGCACCAACGGUCCCCUUCCGAGUUUCGAGGCCAGCGCGUCGAAUGCCACGGAGUCCAUGAUGCGGAGAACGUGGCACUAG